UUGCGGAAGAAAACCAAUGUUUUCAUACUUUGUACCCUCUGUACACAUCUCCAAAAAAAUUCCCUGUGGUCUUUUGCUUUACAUUGGAUCAUAGCUCUUUUAUCGAAAACUGAUCAUGUCAGCGGUCGUCCACGUUCUGAUACCCAUCGCGCUUUGCGUAACGCUAGCAAACACUGACAUCUUCGACAAAGUUUUGGUGGAUGUCAGUUAUGAUCACUACGCGGAGAAAAAGGUUGACGACCUUCCUGCCUUCUUGGCCAUGCCGUUCAACUGUCUUAUAAACGUAGGAUACAUAUUAUUGGGUAUCUACUGGCUCUUUCAACGGCUAUCAGACUGUAAAGACAGUCGUCCAGCCACCUACACCAAAGACGUUUUCGCGCUAAUGGCAGUCGUGUACGGACCUGUGCAGUGGGUCCGUUUGGCCACCUUGCGGCGCGCGCCCUCUGUUUUGGACCAGUGGUUCACUUUACCUAUUUUUGCGUGGGUACUGGUGUGGUGUAACGUCAUUGUCAACGGCUGGUCGUCUCGAUACGCCUUAAUGGUUGAAAGCUGUUCUUUCCUCAGCUAUGGACUGGCGCUCUGUCAUGACCGCGGAUUUGAAGUUGCGCUGGGUUGUCACAUUGCCUUCGCCGUCUACAAAGGCGUCCGUGCGCAGAUGAGCCACGGAGAUAAGAUGUCUAUGCGCUACCUUUUGUUGGCCGUGCUGUCCUGUUGUGGUUUUGUGGCUCUGAAGCUCCUGGAUCAUACUCUUGCAGAAUACUGGAUGUUUCAAAAUCUCACAGGACAUUUCUGGUCCAAAGUUUGUGAUAUUCUGCAGUUCCAUUACAGCUUUUGUUUUCUCACGCGCCUCAGUGAAAGUGCACAUAAACGCUCGUUAUAGAUGCUCAUAAACGACAUUUGAAUGAAUGUGGACUCAACUGAAUAAUGAAACAAUGCAUAUAUUUCUAUACAUUUACAAACCAUAAGAAAAUGCAUUACUUGGCUCUUUUUCUUUUCUUUUUUUUUUUUUUUUUUUUUUUUUGUCAACAGUAUGAAUAAAUAAAAAAACACUGAUCAGAUUCUUAAAGGAAUAUUUUCAAUACAAGUUAAGCUUAAUCAACAGAAUUUGUGGCAUAAUGCUGAUUACCACAAAAAUGUAUUUAGACUUUUCCCUCCUUUUCUUAACAAAUAGAAAAUAAAAUCUGGGUUACAGUGUGUCAUUUAUAAUGGAAGUCAAUGGAAGUCAGUCUGUAAACUUUAAAAUACUCACUGUUUCAAAAGUAUAGCCACAUAACGUAAACAAUAAGCAUGUUAACGUGAUUUUAGUGUAAUAAAACCACUUACCUUUUCUGUGUAAAUUUAUAGCCAAUUUUACAACUUUGUUGCCAUGAUGACAUAACACCGCAAACCCUAAAUGACUUUCAAGUUCAGCCCAUAUGGAUGUUAAUAUUUGAACUCGUGAAUCCAGGGGUGGUAGUCAGCGUCAAUACUCGCUGACCUACCCAGGCCCCCCAAGGACAUGCUUAUUAAUGUUAUGCCUUCACUCAAACCCCUUAUCUAAACCUAACCGAUCAGUAGAAUGUGUAAACCUGACAGGAAGCUGUUAUUUGUGACAGAAGCUGUAGCGAAGGUCAUACGAAUUCAUGCAAGUGCAGUCGUAGGAUAUCAUACGAAUUAGCCAAAUUUAGAAAAGUCGUACGAAUCCUUAUGUUUUCACUAUGAGAGUGUGUUGGAAAUUGUCUGUUACCAGUCAUGAGUUCUUGUACAGUAAUUGUCCACUACUCUUUGUACACUGAAUAAAAUGUCCAAACAAUACACUUCAGUUUUAUUAAAAAAUCCA